GCCGUGUUGAACGUUGAGGAGUACGUUAGUGUCCCGUAAGGAUAAAUGUGGAUGAGCUCAACGGGCGUUUGCAAGGCGUUUAUAUAGUAUCACAGCCCAGUCCCGUCAGAUGCAUGCAGGGGACCCAGCAGCAUAAGUCUGUCGAUCAUCCGAGUCCAACAUUUCAAAUCCCAGUUCUUGUGAACUGAGACGUGUUCUUGUCUUGACUCCACCUUACCCCGGUAACUCUUCCCUUCCUAAUGUCUUCAUCACCGCUUUGGCUCAUGCCUCCGGGAAAUAACCAGCGAAAUUCCGGGCUAGUACCUCAAGUCGUCUCCCUAGGAAGAGGAAAGGGGGCUUCAUCACUGAAAUCAGGUAAUCACGGCCAACCCUUCUUCUUGAAUGCCUACCAUCACAGUACCUACAUCUUCUUCACCUUCACGACAUAACGCCUUAUAUGUCCCAUCAUGAAUAUUGACCCCGAGAGCAGUAGGAGCCUCAUUCCUAGUAUGGAUAAUCUAGGGGGUGCCAGAAAGUCCGGUUUGUCCUGCGCGGAAUGUCGUCGAUCCAAGCUCAAGUGCGACAGGGUGUUCCCGUGCCAGUCAUGUAUACGACGUGGAUGUGCGAAUAUCUGUCCGGAGGGAACUCUCGCCGCCACGAAAGGAAACAAGGUUCUCAUGGCCCAUGCUCAGCGGCUGUCAGAACAGGUUAAAUCCAUGACGGCGAGAAUCAAAGAGCUUGAAGAGGCACUUGAUGAAUCUCAGAAAUCCAAUCGUAGUGGAAGCGAGUCGCAUCCUCUACUGCAAACACCCUCCCAGUCAAACGAACUUGUUGAACUUCCCGAGCUUCUCACCAUUUACGAUGAUGAAGUCCACGAUGUAUCAGAAAGCAUCGGAUCUUUAUCGAUCGAUGUCAAUGGCCGCACAAAAUAUCACGGCGAAUCUGUUGGGUCGGAGUACUUUCAACCAUUAUUUCCGCCUGAUGGUUAUCCACCACAGCAGAGCGUCCCCACUGACCCAAAAUAUUUGGGACUUCCAUUUGAGAUCAUCGAUCUCUGCAACGCAUACCCCUUCGGUCUGAAGGACAGUCAAUACACGAAAUUUCUCUUCUUACCUUUUCUCCCUCCACGUGAACGAGCCCUGCAGCUUACUGACAUAUAUUAUCGAAACGUUGCAUGGAUGUUCGACCCAAUCGUCCGAGAUGACUUCAUGACAAAUAUUCUAACCCCAUUAUACGGUCACACUGGUUCCCCUAACAUCAAUAGCAUCCACUCGCACCGACUUUCCGUGUUUUUCAUCUUGCUGGCUUCAGGAGUCCUUUACGAACAAUCGUCUGCUUCAGGGGUGCUCGCCGAACAGUAUCAUGCCCUUUCUCGCGCUGCAUUAUCCCUCGAUCCGAUCUACCAAGACGCUACUUGCGCCACCGUACAGGCUCUCUUCAUGGCUUUCGGACAUAUUUACCAGUCUGACCGUACGAACAAUGAAGGUAGGUGGCUUCUGAUGGGCGUGGUAGCAAGAGUUGUGCAAUUAAUCGGCCUACAACGCGAUAACGCAGGAUGGGGUCUAGGGCACGAAGAAAUACAAAGGCGACGCAUCUUAUUUUGGGAAAUCUACUCGGUCGACGCGUGGACGAGCAUCCUCAAUGGCCGCCCACCUGCGUUAAGCAUCAACCACACAGAUUGCUGGUUUCCAGAAGAUCUCGACACUGUGACAAAACCAUCAGGUGCGGUCGAAAUGGGGUGGCAUGCCUGGAAGUAUCGCUACUCGGCAAGCUGUUUGGGGAUCUCCGUACAACAUGUUUUCAAUACGCGUGCUCCAAGCUAUUCCGCAUUGCUCGAGUUGGACCGAAAGAUACGGAAGUUUCACCUGCCGUCACAUCUACAAUCGCCAAUGGAAGCCUCGGAAGCCGGUCGUGCUUGGUCUGCAGAAGCCCCUAGGGCAAUGCAGCAAUAUGGUGCGUUGUGUAAAAGGGAAGCAAAUCUGCUGUAUAUCCAUCGGAGCUGGUUCGUGCAGGCUGUUCGAGAGGCCCCUGCCAACCCCCUUAAGCACAAAUAUGCGCCCUCUGUCUUAGCUGUAUAUCGCAGUGCAUGCCGAUUGAUCUCCAGCCUUAAGGGAUUGUAUCGAGUGCACCCACACCCGACGGAUCGAACGUGGUUCUUCUGGUCGGCCAUCUUUUCUGCAUGCAUCGUUCUCGGAGCCAUAGUGGUGGAUAGUCCACUAUGUACUCUCGCGUCAAACGCGUUGCAAGAACUGGAUCAGGGGAUGGUGCUUUACGAACAGGGUUCGCUUCCUUGUCGGCCCCCAGCAACUAUGCUUGUCCUUCAUAGACUGCGUGAGCGUGCCUUAAACUCCCUCCAAGCUGCGCAGAGAGACGCCGCGCAAUCGCGUCGGCCAUCCGUCAUCGCUGGUGUCCCUGGUGAUCCAGACGUACUCGGACGCCGGGGGAGCGUCACCACCAGCACGUCAUCCAGCUCUCCAGCUUCAAGUGCACCCAGUUCAGACCGACGAUCAUUAGAACUAUCCGAUGAUUUCGUACGUCAGGCCGAUCCAUCUAUCAUUCAAUAUUACGCGGCUCUAGCAAAUCCCAAUCUCGUAUUGCCAGCCACGAGGGAAUUCGAGCUGCCGUCCGCUCAGUCUUUCGAGCUACCCUUCACUGCAACUUCGCAGGAGGAUAUAAACAUGCCUUCACCGUUCUUUGACCCUGCGCUGCAAGCCGCGAUCAUGAAGCCAAGUACGCACUCCAAUCAGAAUAUUGCAGGCCCCAGUUCGAGUAUGCCUCUGCAAGAAACUCUAUCGUAUCAACAAGUGGCGCCCCAGAAUCCUUACGUCAAUGAAGCUUAUCACAAUAAUAACCAGGAGGAAGUUUGGCGAAAAUACAUCAACAGCCUGGGAGUAAUGAAGCCCUAGUAUAUGGCGCCCAUCACCAUUUUUUCAUAGACUUACAUUCCGGACCAAGCAUAAUCAUCCAUCGUGUUUUCGUUAUCCAUCGCACUCUUUUCAUGUUCUCGUCAUGCACACCGCACGUUUUUGCUGCCCGCUGUCUCCUGCACAUCACGCUUGUCUUUGUUUACAUUACUUGAUUUUUACACACUAGUCCAUCUUGAUCAUAUUCGUGUCGUCGAUUG